AUGGGAUAUUUGAAGGAGUAUGUUGAUCGAGGAGUGCAAACUUCAUGUUCCUCACAAUCAGCAACAACACCAGACUUGGCAGCGGUUGGUGCUCCUCAAGCUCCCUUCGAUGACUGUGACUCUGGGCCGCUUUUACACGAGAUCACAAUCGGGUUGCCAUUAGUCGAGCCAGAAUUAUCUCCUUCGCAUUUUUCUGUUCGUGAUAACAACGCAUAUAGUCGGUCCAAUCUCCAGCACAAUAGCCCCAUUAGCCCCAUGUGCGCACCCUUGAUAUCUCGUCGCGUUCCUAGGCGCAAAUUAUUCCUAGUCGAACGUCGCCCAGAAGGAAAAACCGUCGAAAGACGCGUAAUUUCUAUGCCGGACGACAUGUCGGCGCAGCAUAUCAAGUUGGACUCUCAAGAUAGCAUGCGGGUGGUUUCCAUGCCCGAGUAUCUCGCGGCUGCCGUUGACCUGUCUCUGGAUUCGAUUGAGUCUCCUUCCGCAGGCGCAUCCUUCGGGUCGUCGUACAUUGAGAAACGCCAUCGAGUCAGAGUUUGUCCCCCGCCUUCAGAUGUCCCGCACACGCCUUCUCCACCAUCAUCUCCCGAGUCGAUACUCAUCAUCGACAGUCAUGCUCAGCUUCCUGAUGGAUUCCUUCGACAAAGAUAUUCCAAAAAGACAGCCUCACCCGGACAUGGUUUGUGCUGGACGACAUGGGCAAGUUCUCCUCCCCGCCCUAUCCCAGCACUUCAUGGUCCGCUUUCUCUUCCAUAUGCCCGCUGUCCAUCGGGAGCUGAAGGAACGAUCAUCGAAGAGCCAGGCAACGUCUCUCGAAUGAUAUGGGGCUUAGGCCAAGACGAAUCUUGUCAAUAUCGUGGUGAUAGUGAGCAUACGGAUGACGACAUACGUCAUAAGUCCACCUCUCGCCCCCAGGUUACAUAUCAAACGCAAAAGAGACACGUACUCCAGAAACCUUAUCAGAUACGAGCGGCUGCGAAUAACAAGAAUACGUUCAAAGGGGUCGCUAGCGGAGGAACUUCCACUGUUCAUCAUCGCCCUGACCAUGAACAUCGCAUUCAUGGACACUCACAGACACCCCAUCUACGUGAGUCAAAAGCUGAACCAGCCAUUAGCAGUCUUCCUUUCUCGGGUUCUUGGCGAUCCGAAACUGGUAUACCGACUGUUCGCGAAUCGGAGGCCCACGAAAUAGGCUUUGGCUCAUCGUUCAACGAUCAAAAACUUCUCUUGGAUUUGCAGCUCGCAUUUGCCCAGCAGUCGCUUCAGAACACUGCACUCAAUCAAGCUUAUCCUGAAGGCCUCAAGCCCGUUUUUCCGGUUUCCAAUCAUUCACAUGCCACUCCGGUUUACCCGAAAAUCUUCGUGGAACCGCGUCUUAAUGAGGUGGUCAAUGCAGCACAACGUCAGUCCGCCAUGGAGAUUGCCCAGCAGUAUCGUCAACGUCAGGAGUUCCGUCUCAAGCAACAGGCUGCUCUACCUACUCCGCCAAGUUCUUCCUCUCCCCAGUGGUCAUCAAACUUCUCGCCUUAUCAGUAUCCUUCCGUAUCUCCGGAUAUGGACAUUCAAAACACAUUAGGUCUACCUCAUCACACCCAGCAAGUACAAUGCCCCUUCUUGGAUACAUCCCAGCCAGCCAGGCUCUUGUACGAUCGCCAGGAUAACAAUGUCGAGACUCAUUUCUUCGAUGGAAAUGGAAAUGGCGGCUAUGCUUCUGUGCUUUCGCGUCAUGACAGGGACGUCCCUUCUGCAGUCCAUCGGCAUCCUUCGGAUAUUUCUGGUGGUCUUGCCAAUUAUUUGCGCGAUAUGCAGACAUUGUCUUCUCAGCAGCCUCGUUAUGCUGGUACCGCCGAACUUUCGCUGGCGGCAGCUACUCGCCACCCCGUCAGUACUGGUCGUACUGUUGUCUCCGUUGCUCCUCCCUCGCCUGAGUCACCUGGGUCACGAUCUCGAAGUAUCUCCUAUCAGCAACCCAGGUCUGUUCCCCUUGCGCGGUUAAUACAACGCCGACUGUCUUCUGUACCGGAAGAGGAACUCAACGGUCUGGCGGACACCUCGUCUAUAUCUGCUUAUCGAUUCACCGAUUAUCACCAGCGCAGUUUCUCCUCCCGUGAUUAUUCUGAUGACAAUCCAACACCUCGCAGGUACCACCAAGAACAGCAUCUUGGCGUUCCUGCUGUCAGUCAUGCGAGCGUUCCUUGCCCGGACUCUGUUAACGAAUAUGAAGCCCAGCCGUACUCAUUCCUUCAUGGAGCAUCGCCCGCAAAGGUCCGUCUUCCUUCGGCGCAAGAACAGGAAGAAUACCUCGAUCGAAGCCGCGUACAAUCGCGGUCCAAAGGAGGGGGAGUGAUGGACAUAUCACAGCAGUUCAAGAAAAAGCCGCGCGGGAGGAAAACAAGGAGCGACGCGUGUCCGAUUUCCGCUCGAUGA